AGAAGCUCCAGCGUAUCAACUACCGAAGUCGUCUCUGUUUAUCGAGCUUGGCAUGAAUGUAUUUGAGAGUAACUGGGGUAAAACCUUAAGCUUCUUCGCUGUUUUCGUCGCGGCGCUCGCCGCUGUUUUGUACUAUCUUGAGAAUUCAGAGGUAGACGAGAUCCCAAGAAUGGAUCUGAACGCAAUGGAAGAGAAUUACCGGCAGAAGAACAGAACGUGCUUCAUUCUCGGCGCUUCAGGUGAGACCGGAAAGGCGCUACUGAAAGAAAUAGUGGAGCGCAACAUCUUCUCCAGCAUCACUCUCAUUGGACGAAGGCAGUUAACCUUUGAGGAUAAAGCUUAUGAAAAUCUGGUGCAAAAGGUGGUUGAUUUUGAGAAGCUUGAUGAGUAUGCUGAGGCUUUUCAGGGCCAUGAUGUUGGAUACUGCUGUCUAGGAACAACCAAAGCCAAAGCAGGAGCUGAAGGGUUUGUGCGGGUGGAUCAUGACUACGUACUCAAGUCUGCAGAACUUGCCAAAGCAGGAGGUUGCUCACAUUUUCAUCUCGAAUCCUCCAAAGGUGCAGACAAAACCAGCAGCUUUCUCUAUCUGAAAACAAAGGGACAGGUUGAAGCAGAAAUUGAAGACCUAGGGUUUGAGCGUUUCUCCAUUUAUCGACCAGCGGUGCUCUUAGUGGACCGAGAGGAGAGCAGGCCGGCUGAGUGGGUGGCCCGAAAAUUUCUUUGUGCAGUCUCCUCUGUUUUACCUUCAAUGUCUAUUCCCAUCACAGCAGUGGCCAGAGCUAUGCUUGUCAACACACUGACAGAUGGAGAGCAGAAAGUGGAAAUUCUCGAAAACAAGGCUAUAUACAAUCUUGGGAAAAUUGGAGACAAAGAAUAAAAAAGACUUUUAUUCUCACUUUUUUUAAUAUAUAUAAUUAAGUGCAAUCCUGGCAUGAUUCUUCAGCAAGAUAAGCCAAAAUAUUGUUUGCCUGCAGUUUAAUUAUUAUCAUUUUAAGUAUUUUAAAAGCAUUCAGAAUGUAGUACUGCGUUUAAGGGUGAUAUGUGCUGUUUCUAUAUACUUCAUUUUGAGCUCUGUUGCUUUUUUUAAUGUAAUUUUAUAUUGGUCAGAAAAAAAUACAUUAUAUCCAUACUUGAACACAACUAUUGUAUGUAUAUAAUUAUAUUAUUGUGUGUGUAAUAUCUGAAAAGUGGGUUAAACAGUCACCUAUUUAGUCACAUCUGAAAGACAAAAGCAUUUAUUUGCAGGUUUAAACAGUAUGACAUAUCAUGACACAGAAACUGUUCCGCAUCUAUACUGUUCAUCUGCAUUCAGAAUAUAUAUAUUUUUUUUACUUGGCAGCAUAUAUAUUAUGUUAGGAUCCAACUUUAUGAUUCCGUCAUUAUUUUAACCAGCGUUGAAAGAGUUCACAUGUGUGCUUGUUUAACUUAUCUAUUAAAAUUUCAAUUCGAGAAAUUCCA